AUGGCGUCAUUACCUCUACGAGGAAAGUGCGAUAUUUAUACAGUUCAUAAAAGUUUGAAAUACUUCUUUACUCAAAAGGAUCUGAAUAUGUUACAGAAAAGGUGGCUAGACUUAGUUAAGGAUUAUGAUUGCACUAUCUAUUACCAUCCAGAGGAAAAUACUUUGAUGUUCAAGGGAAGAUUAUGUGUACCAAAGGAUGAAGGGAUAAGAAAGGAAAUAUUAGAGGAAGCUAAUUAUGCCCCGUAUGCUGUACAUCCCGGUGGUACUAAAAUGUAUCGAGAUCUCCGAACAAUGCCAUCUGGAAAUUGUGAGGCUGCAUGGAAAACCAACAUCUAUCGUCUCAGAUCGAGACCCAAGGUUUCUUCUAAAUUUUGGAAGAGCAUUCAGGGAACUAAGGGCACAAACUUAAAUUUUAGUACUGCCUAUCAUCUUCAAUCUGAUGGACAAUCUGAUAGGACUAUUCAGAUCUUAGAAUACAUGCUCCAAGCAUGUGUCUUGGAUUUGGGAGAGAUUAUUGCAAGGACAGUGCAAACAAUUGAUAAAAUUAGGGACGGAAUAAAGUAUGUUCAAGAUAGACAAAAAAGCUAUGCAGAUCAACAGAGAAAAUUGAUAGAAUUUGAAGUCGGUGAGAAAAAAGAUCUAACGUAUGAAGAGGCUCCUUUGGAGAUUAUCGAAAGGAGAACACAUACAUUAAGAAAUAAAGAAAUUGCCUUGGUUAAAGUUCGAUGGAAAAAUCAUGGAGUCGAAGAGGCUACUUGGGAAAAAGAAGAAGAAAUAAAAGCCAAGUAUCCAGAGCUGUUCGGCUAA